AUGAAGUUCUCCGGCAUCGCCUCUUCCCUGGCCCUCCUGGCUUCCGUUGCCAGCGCCACCCCCACCCCUACCGUCCGUGACGGCGCCGCCGUCGACCCCCGCACCGUCGGCAAGCGUGCUGCCAUCACCGACGCUUGCGAUGUUGGCUACGGUGCCGGCACCACCGGUGGCUCCGGCGGUACCACCACCACCGUCUCCACCCUGGCCCAGUUCACCGCUGCCGCCACCUCUGACGACAAGGCCGUCAUCGUCGUCAAGGGCGCCAUUUCCGGUGCCACCAAGGUCAAGGUCACCUCCAACAAGUCCAUCAUCGGUGCUGCUGGCUCCUCCCUGACCGGUGUCGGUCUGUACAUCAACAAGCAGGAGAACGUCAUCAUCCGCAACAUGAAGAUCUCCAAGGUCCUCGCCGACAACGGUGACGCCAUCGGCAUCCAGGCCUCAUCCAAGGUCUGGGUUGACCACUGCGACCUGUCCUCCGACAAGGACAACGGCAAGGACUACUACGAUGGUCUGCUCGACAUCACCCACGCCUCCAUGGCCGUGACCGUCUCCAACACCUACAUCCACGACCACUACAAGGGCUCCCUCGUCGGUCACUCCGACUCCAACUCUGCUGAGGACACCGGCAAGCUCUACGUCACCUACGCCAACAACCACUGGUCCAACGUCGGCUCCCGCAACCCCUCCGUCCGCUUCGGUAACGUCCACAUCUUCAACAACUACGCCGAGAAGCUCGAGACCUCUGGUGUCAACACCCGCAUGGGCGCCCAGCUCCUCAUCGAGUCCUCCGUCUUCUCCGACACCAAGAGGGCCGUCACCUUCCUCGACUCCAAGACCACUGGCUACGCUGUCGUCAACGACGUCGACCUCGGUGGCUCCACCAACGACGCCCCCAAGGGCACCUUCACCAAGCCCGACUACAGCUACACCCUCCUCGGCUCCUCCAAGGUCAAGGCUGCCGUUGUCGGCACCGCUGGCCAGACCCUCACCUUCUAA